CACGACUCCCUGCUCGAGGUGUGCGACGACUACAGCCUGGACGACAACGAGUACUUCUUCGACCGCCACCCUGGCGCCUUCACCUCCAUCCUCAACUUCUACCGCACCGGGCGGCUGCACAUGAUGGAGGAGAUGUGCGCGCUCAGCUUCAGCCAGGAGCUCGACUACUGGGGCAUCGACGAGAUCUACCUGGAGUCCUGCUGCCAGGCCCGCUACCACCAGAAGAAGGAGCAGAUGAACGAGGAGCUCAAGCGCGAGGCCGAGACGCUGCGGGAGCGCGAGGGCGAGGAGUUCGAUAACACGUGCUGCGCGGAGAAGAGGAAGAAGCUCUGGGACCUGCUGGAGAAGCCCAACUCCUCCGUGGCCGCCAAGAUCCUGGCCAUAAUUUCCAUUAUGUUCAUCGUCCUCUCCACCAUCGCCCUGUCACUCAAUACGCUUCCUGAGCUGCAGAGCCUCGACGAGUUCGGCCAGAACACGGAUAACCCGCAGCUGGCCCACGUGGAGGCCGUGUGCAUUGCGUGGUUCACCAUGGAGUACCUGCUGCGGUUCCUGUCCUCGCCCAAGAAGUGGAAGUUCUUCAAGGGCCCGCUCAACGCGAUUGACCUGCUGGCCAUCUUGCCGUACUACGUCACCAUCUUCCUCACCGAGUCCAACAAGAGCGUGCUGCAGUUCCAGAAUGUCCGCCGCGUGGUCCAGAUCUUCCGAAUCAUGCGUAUCCUGCGCAUCCUCAAGCUCGCCCGCCACUCCACCGGCCUCCAGUCCUUGGGCUUCACUCUGCGAAGGAGCUACAACGAGCUGGGCUUGCUCAUCCUCUUCCUUGCCAUGGGCAUCAUGAUCUUCUCCAGCCUGGUCUUCUUUGCGGAGAAGGAUGAGGAUGACACCAAGUUCAAAAGCAUCCCAGCCUCCUUCUGGUGGGCCACCAUCACCAUGACGACCGUUGGGUACGGAGACAUCUACCCCAAAACUCUCCUGGGGAAAAUCGUUGGUGGUCUCUGCUGCAUUGCGGGGGUCCUGGUGAUUGCUCUUCCCAUCCCCAUCAUCGUCAAUAACUUCUCUGAGUUCUACAAGGAGCAGAAGAGGCAGGAGAAAGCCAUCAAGCGGAGAGAGGCCCUGGAGAGAGCCAAGAGGAAUGGCAGCAUUGUCUCCAUGAACAUGAAGGACGCUUUUGCCCGGAGCAUCGAGAUGAUGGACAUCGUGGUUGAGAAAAAUGGGGAGAAUAUGGGUAAGAAGGAUAAAGUGCAGGAUAACCACUUAUCUCCCAACAAGUGGAAAUGGACAAAGAGGACACUGUCUGAGACCAGCUCGAGUAAGUCCUUUGAAACCAAGGAGCAGGGAUCUCCCGAGAAGGCCAGAUCAUCUUCCAGUCCUCAGCACCUGAAUGUCCAGCAGUUGGAAGACGUGUACAAUAAAAUGGCCAAGACACAGUCCCAGCCCAUCCUCACUACCAAGGAUCCAGCGCCGCAGAGCAAACCAAAGGAAGAACUUGAAAUGGAGAGCAUCCCCAGCCCCAUAGCCCCUCUGCCGGCUCGUACAGAAGGGGGCAUCGACAUGCGCAGUAUGUCGAGCAUCGACAGCUUCAUUAGCUGUGCCACAGACUUCCCCGAAGCCACCAAAUUUUCCCACAGCCCUUUGGCAUCGCUCCCCAGCAAGACCGGGGGCAUCACAGCUCCAGAGGCGGGCUGGCGGGGGGCUCUGGGUGCCGGCGGUGGUAGGCUGGUGGAGACCAACCGCACCCCUGAUGCCGGCCAUCACUCCGGCUUCUUCAUCGAGAGCCCCAAGAGCUCCAUGAAGACCAACAACCCUUUGAAGCUCCGCUCGCUCAAAGUCAACUUCAUGGAGGGCGAGCCCGGUCCGCUCCUGCCCGUUCUGGGAAUGUACCAUGACCCUCUCAGGAACAGAGGGGGAGCUGCGUCCGCCGUGCCCGGAUUGGAGUGCGCCAUGCUCUUGGACAAGCCUGUGCUGAGCCCAGAGUCCUCCAUCUACACCACAGCAAGUGCGAGGACACCACCCCGCUCGCCCGAGAAACACGCAGCAAUAGCAUUCAACUUCGAGGCGGGUGUCCACCAGUACAUCGAUGCUGACACGGACGACGAGGGCCAGCUGCUCUACAGCGUGGACUCCAGCCCUCCCAAGAGCGUCCGCGGCAGCACCAGCCCCAAGUUCAGCAUCGGUACUAGAUCCGAGAAGAACCACUUCGAAAGCUCCCCCUUACCCACCUCCCCUACGUUCUUAAAGCAGAACUGUAUUUACUCCACCGAGGCAUUGACUGGAAAAGGCCCCAGUGGUCAGGAGAAGUGCAAACUUGAGAACCACAUCUCUCCUGAUGUCCGUGUGUUGCCCGGGGGAGGAGCCCACGGGAGCACUCGGGAUCAGAGCAUCUGAACCCCCCACCUCGAAGGGAAGACCAGUGGGCAAGGUCCAAGGAGGACGGCUGUUCAGCUUACUUGCCACAGAGCUUUUCUUCAUGAACUCAGAAACAGAAAAGCCCUGCAAAGCUCCCAGGGAGAAGAGAGACUCACAGAAGUCCCCUAAGACCUGGACAGCCAUGACGGGUCCAUCAGCAUGAAAUUGGCCAAGCCGUGGGGACAGUGCCUCCUGAUAAUAAUUCCACUGCCCUUUUGGGGAGAUGACACGAGCAGAGCUCACAGCCACCUCUACCACCAUUCUAGACCUAGCUGAGGCCGCCUGCUUCCUCCCCAUCCUUCUCUGGCGGCUGUCAUGGCCUCUGAGGGCAGCCUCUCCAUCCCUCCUGGCUUCAGCUGGAGAAGGAAGUGGCUGGUGUUAAAAGAGUGCAUUGAACAUGCUGGUAUCAAGCGUUGCCUGGCUGCCUCUAGGAAAACCUGUCCGUCACCUCCUGGAUCCCGCUGUUGGAAGGCCCCAGGGAGCACUUGUGUCACGGGGAAAUCGCUCCAUAAGCCACGAUCCCAGAGCAAAACCCUUACUCAAAUGACUUCAUUGACUUCAAUAUUCCAUAGAACCUGAGAUUUUAUUUUGAGAUACCAUCAGGGUGAGUUGCACCAUUUGUACUCAAUUCUAAUUGCCCCCCUGGCAAUCUGGGAAGGGUUCAGAAGGCAGGCACGCAGCCAAUGGGAUGAACUCCGCAUUGCUUUAGGGUGAUAGAAAGAAAAUGAUUUCUGUACACCACUAGUGUAGACUCAAAAGAUAUCCAAGUGUCAAAUAUGCAAAAGAAAUAGCUUAUUCAAAGAGACUCUGUGUUACUGAAGAACAGCAUAAAAAUCUGAUUUCCUUUUUUACCUGCAAAAAUGAAAGGGAAAAAAAAAAAAAAAACCUCAUUAAAUGCCCCAUCCAGACUUUUGAAUACUUCCUGCUGAGGCAGGGAAAGCACCUACUCUACUAGAAAUUCUUCUUUGUUUCUUGUGGUAUUCAAGCUAAAAGAAAUUUAAUAAAAAGCACUUUAUGUUUUUCAAAUAUAGGUUCUACCAGGGACAGUGUCACCAUCUUGCACUUUAAAACAAGCACUAUUUCCUGUGGGCCACCUGCUGGCUCUGUAGUUGGGUUGUUGCUUCAAACCCAUUUCCAGCCACGGUGGGUGUCAUCCAAGUCGUCAGCUCCCUCCCUGCCCCUCUGGAGCUUCCCCUCACCCUCGUGGGCCGGGCAAGGUCUCAGCCCCUGGUUAGGACCUCUCCUAAAGUCACCUGCACAUCUCAGAAGGUCCCAGCGACGGUUGGGCAUUGGGUGUUUGUUCUUUCUCGUCAACCAGCCAUUGGUGUGUUUUCAGUGUUAGUCUGUCCUACAAGCUCAGCUCUCCUUCCUGCAGCCAUCAUUGCAGACAGUACAGACAAAAGCAAUAAGUAUUUGUGCACAUCCUGAGCGGUUCUGGUGUAUUUCUUGGUGUUGGUCUUCCUGUCCUAGUUUGAUGACCUGCUAUCAUCCCACCUGCUUUUACUCCAACGGCAUGGUGCUGUUGGCCAUUCCUCAGUGUGGUGACAUUGGAUGGAGCCACUGGUUCCUACGAUGUUACUGUAUUGGUUUAUGUGUCAGUAGAGAUAACUUAUUUUUUGGUCUGCCCAUCUGUAGUACAAUGGUAUACUGUUGAUGGAUGAUGUCCCAAGCAUCAUAGUGUAGUCCUGCCUGGCUUCAAUCCAGUGACAGGCGUCUGUCUUCCUGGUGGAACAAAGACAUCACGUUGGGUCACUUUUCCGUAGUGUAAUCGCUGCUGACCUGCCCAUGGGUACCAUGGCCUGACCCACCUGUCCCUAUACAAAUGUCACAUUGUCGUGACGUUGCCCGUAAAAAUGUGUGCUCUCUGCUGCGUGUGAACUCAGUUUAUGGUACUUCUCGGCCUCUCCAGGGAUCGUGGGUCCUCUCAAAAGGGCGUGGUCCUGUUAGUUGCAGUGUUAACAAAGAAAAUGCCAGCCUGACUCUUCCGAGGAGUCUUCAGAGUAUUUGCAAGCAGAUCAAAGGGACUGAGGGGGGGCAGGGAGACUGAGUGUGGCACGGGGUGGCAUCCCAGAGAGGAAGCACAGUGCUUCCAAACCCCUUUGCUGGGUGUGCAGUAGGGCUGGGACCUUUGAGGAGUGACUGCGGACAGUUCUCUGCUGGCCAUCUUCUGUGUGUCUCUGUUUUCAUCGCCAUUUCUGUCCAUCAGCACAAAUGUGAAAAUUCAGGGAAAACAAAUGCUUUUUGAUAAAAGUAAAUAGUUGUGAUUUCCGAUUCAAAUAUUUUUAGAGCUGAUGCUAUCUGUAAAAAAUUAAUAAGAAUAAUAUAGUCUAUUUUACAUAUCAGGAAAGUGAACAUGUUUAAAUAUAGCCAUAUACAGUGAGAAGGAACUUACCACCUCUUCUUCGAAUCAAGGCAUUUCGUUGUUCGUCAGAAGCAGAUGAGAAGUAUACAGUUUGGAAAUGAUUCCUUCCUUCCUUCUUUCUUUCUUUCUUUUUCACGAAUAACCAAUUGGUGCAACUCUCCUUGUAACCAAAGGCCCUUUAUGCCUUGUGUCAUGUAGGACCCAGCCCUUCCUCCCUCGUGUGUUUUGUCUGACCUUGAAAUAGCAUUUUAUUGAGUCACUUUUGAAGGGUGAAUUCAGAAGUUAAGAACCUACCUUUUCAGGCUUCAUAGCCAGAGUCCUAUAGAGUUCUUAUAGAAACAGAAUCAUUGAAAAUCAGCAUAUACUAUGCUUAGAGAGUAUUCCGUUUGGGUUUGGGUUUGGGUUUUCUGUUUGUUUGUUUUUCUUUUACUUGUAUAUGUAUGUAUUGCAGGAAUACAGCUUUUGCCCAGCACUCAACUCAGAAUAGCAUAGUGUACAUUUUCCCAGAAGCCCCCACACCCACCAAAAAGGAACAUACCCAGAUUUGCGAUGUGCAUUCCCAAAUCUGUACCUGGGUACAGGUCUAACGCACUGGGAAAUCUACCUAAGGUCUCCACUGAGAAGCUGAACUUCAUAGACCAUCUUGGUAGAGAAGAAGAAAGCAGUGUUUUGGAGGCAAAGACUGCUUUAGCGCUUUCAUUUCCACCCGUUGCCGGACUGGCCAGAGGGCGGGGGGACACAGAUCGAUCCAGGUAAACAGAAUGAGGGGCUGGGGUGGGUGGAUGCCUGGUCCCUUUGGCAAAUUCACUGAGACUCGUCAAGAACUUGAGUUCCAACUUCCACCACUUUCAGAAAGGGCUAGGGGCCAGGUGGCUAUGUGUCCCCAUCACAAGGGAGUAUCUGGCCAGCGGGAGAAGAACUGGCCACGGCAUGGAGGGGCCGGUUCAUUCACCGUUUUAUCUCUGGGCGAAAGAAAACAGCUGGUCUUCGGUGCAGUAGAUUUCUCAGUGCCUUCUUCAGGAAUUCUAUCUUAAGCACACUUCAAGAGAAAGAAGAAAAGGAGAGAACAUUUGUUCCCAUGAGGCCCCUUUCUCUAAAGAGAUCAGGAAUCAAGAAGAAGAAAGAGAAACAACAAAAUCCUGAGGCGGCUGUUUCCUUUCCACCUGCUCAGCUUGCCCAGAUAAUUGCUGGGGAUACAAACUUUUCAAACUGAUUCCUGAACCUCUCCUCCGCGUGUCUUGGUAAUUGUAGCCUCGUCUCUGCCCUUUCUCCUAAGACCAUGUUUCUAAGGGGGGAAAAAACAGUAUUCUCUUCUGUAAAACUGUAAUGUAUUGUUGAUAUUUGUAACUAUUGUAUAUUUCUGUCUUACUCCAGUUAUGGCUGGAAUCUCUAGUCCAUGAGCAAGGGGAUAUUUAAAAUUCACCAUGAACAAGGGUCACUAAAGCCAGGAGUCUCCUCCCUCUCCCUCUCCCUCUCCCUCUCCCUAUCCCUCUCUCUCUCUCUCUCUUUCUUUAUUUCUCAGCCACCUUGUCUCAAAUAAGAUAAUCCCAGGCAUUUCAGCAUCAAGUAAAUUUGAAUCAAAGAAGGACACAAUAAAAAAGCCUCCAGGAUAUGCGCCUUUGGGAACAUUUUUUCUGUACUCUUGAAGUUGGCAGGAGAAAACAGGACAACGGGAAGCCUCCAGCCUCCAGAGGGCUUUUCCUCGCCUACUGCCGCUUCUAUGGCAGCAUCCAAAUGCUUUCAUGCCACCAGCCAGGGCCACCCAAACCAGCCCUGGCUGCACACAGAAAUAAGUGUUACCUCUGCAUUUUUUUGUUGCCAUUUUCCUGGCUCUGCAAGUGUCUGAUAUGUGACUACAUCAUAGAAUGUGCACACAUCUCAGAGUAGUCUAUUUUUCUGUUCAGAAAAAAAAUAUAUAUACAUAUAUAUAUAUAUAUAUAUAUGUAUGCAUUUUUAGCACAUUCAUAAUAGGGCAACUGAGUCUAAUUUGUUUUACUAUACAAAGUAAUACCUUGAGAGCUUUAUUGUUGGUCAGUAUCACAGCUGAUGUUUUCUGGUCUUUUUCAUUUCUUCCCAUCGUCCCUUUGGAUGUUUUUUCAUUUCUUCCUUUGGAAUCUGAUUCUUGGGAAGUAGGGAGGACUUUGGGGCUUGACUUUUGACGUAGGGAUUCCCUGGCACUAGGAAAUGUCUGCUCUUUCCUCAUCUGGUCUGUGUCCCUCUUCCUCGUUGUCCUUAAGAGUCCAGGGCACAAGCGCAGGAGAGACAGGAAAGCUGGCUAGAACUGGCCUCGGAAUCAGGAUGGCACACGGGCUGCUUACGCUCCUGCUCCGCAGCUCCCGGAGGCCUGAAGGGACUGAGUUUCCUCAUCCCUGGACCCCGCCCAAGUCCUCCCUGGCCCAGCUGCGCUCGCCCCCCCUGCCCCACAGCCUCUCCCACCACUCAGACCUGAAGGCAGCGGAUGCUCAGGUUCUUCACACCUCAGAACGUGCUGGACCUCCGACCCCGACUUCUUCCAGUCCCUCAUGUCAGUCCCGUUCUAACCGCCUCCCUGACGCCGUGGCCAGAUGCCCUGUAGCCAGCACAGAAGUGAUGCUCCCAGAAUCUGCUGUCUCACCCUCCCUUUCCUUUCCAGCUUCUGGCUCCACGAGAUUUCUUGCAAAGAUAGUGGUACUUUUCCAGUUUCCACCUCUUCGAGCCUUGGAGAGUUCUUGGAUUGUCCUGAUAAUUAAUUCCGUGAGGCAUUGUUCAGCCUCAGAUAGGCAGAUGGCGUCUCACUGAGCAGGAUCUUUAAGGGAACGUGAUCUCCAACCAUCAGCUCCUGCAGGAUGAUAGAGAAGGGCCAGGGAAUCUCCAGCCUGCUUUCAUCCCAGCUUUGAUCUACCACUUGCCUCCCCAUCGGCCGUGGAGCUCUGGGCUCUGCCCAGUAUCAGACAGCAGUGAACCAUCCUCAGCGGCUCAAUCCCGGAGGAAGCCAGUCAAAGUUCAUCUUUAUUAUUCUGAACCAUGACCCUGAGCAGCUUCCUACCCGCAAAAGUCCUGGUGAUCUGGUUCAAACCAGAGCUAAAUAAAACAGACAGUUAAAAAAAAAAAACUUUUGCAUAAAAACAAAACCAAAAAAUUACCUCCCAAGAGUUUCCUUGGUUCAGUGCCCAGAUAAGCAAACGCCCCUGUCUGUGGUUGUCCUCAUUAAGAAAAGGUUGGUUGUGUAGCCUGGAUUGGGUUUCCAUUCCAGCUGCUGAUGCUAUCUCGCUAUCUCUCUCUCUCUUUUUUUUUUUUUCUUUUCUUUUUUUGUUGCUGGGGAUCUAACACCAGUCCUUGUGCUUGUGAGGCAGGCCACGGAACCACUGAGCUACAUCUCCGGUCCCCUGAUGUUGUCUUAACCUAGGGUUUCUCCUGAAUUUUCCAAGAACCUGAGCUCCUGAGGAAUCAGUUUUGGAAGGGGCUGCUAUUAGAGUGAACUCAGUUCUUCACCUCUAACCCUAACUUUGUUUUACUCAGCAAGGGUGCUGAAAAGAUCCCCUAAAGCUGGCCAGGAUAGGGUAGAGCUGAGCUGAAAAAGAAGCCCCCAAUCUGCCAGAUGGCUGCACACAAACAGUUCCCUGUCAUUUUCUGCCGUGAGAGUGACAGGGAAGUCAAUUUCAGCUCAGAUUAAGGAAGUCCAUCUAACAAGUUGGGGUGUCGACUCAUGAAGGCCAGUGAGCACCAUGGUGGGUAAUGAGCUUUCAUCCCCCGAGGUAUUUAAAGGGAGGCUGGAUGAUACACAAAGUGGGUAUUGCAAAGUGUUCCUAGCCUUGCAUGAAAACUGGACUGAAAAAUGAAGGAAAUUCUCUCUGCUUCCUGGUGUGUGUGUGUGUGUGUGUGUGUGUGUGUGUGUGUGUGUGGUGCAUUCUGGGCACAGCCUUAAGGCAAGGAUGGAGCUCAGUUAGCAGGAGCUCAGAUUCUAGGAUUUGGAGCCGUCACGGGGGGUUGCCAAAGCAGGAAGGUAGUAGCAGGGCACCCUGCUUUUGUCCCGAUCCCUGCUGCACACCCUGUCAACACCCAGCCCAACCCCAGGGGCCUAAUAGGGACCGCACUGGCACGGGACACAUGCUACCCCUCCCUAAGCCAACCAAAGAGCAACCCACAAAGUCCCCACCUCUGGCCAUCUCACGGUGCUUUAGCCUUCUACCCAGACCCUGUGCGCUCAAAGCGACUCAGUGAUCUUUUACCCAGUAGCAGCCACCCACUGCCCAGGCAGUCACAAAUAGCACCUUCCAAAGGGCUUCCCACCACUACCAUAAGUAAACCGGGACAUCCCAUGCAAGACCUCCAGAAAUCUCCACCCAUGAUAUAAUUCAGAAAGGCAAAAGGGAAAAGGGCAGGCAGCCAUAGUCAGCUUUACAGCAAAACAAAGGCUUCAGCGCCUGCAGUCAGAGUGCCCGUACCCCUUCCCCUGUAUCCCUUUGUGUCAGUCCUGGCUCCUGCCUACUCAGAGCAGAGCAUUUGGCCUGGGGGCUCAUUUGCACACAGUAGUUUUGGAGGAGGUGGGACUUCCACAUCGGGGUGGGCCCGAGUCCAGGCGGUCUUAGGUUUUGUAUCAGGUGAGACCUGCCAGUGUGUUUGGAUGGGCAGAAUGAGCAGCUGCCUUCCUCCAAAACCAAAUGAAACAAAAAUCAGUUUCCAAGGUCACAUUCUGUGGAGGCUGUGCCCUGCUGAAAUUGCUCGGGAUAUGAGAUUACUGUGUCAGGACAGUUCGUGAAGACGUAAGAAACUCCCAAUUCUGUCCCUUUUGCAUGUGCUCCGGCCACACAGAGAUCACCAGUCACUUCCUGCCCCCUGAGCUAAGCUGGGCUGGGAUGAACGGGAACGUUUGGGUCCCUGCUCUGCAUAACCCUCUCUGGGGCUUGGAGCUCAACAGCCAGGAGCUGGGUGUGGCGGUAAGUAGGCCGGCGGCUGGCUCCUUUCUUUCCAGGUCUAGCUUGACGUUAGUCCGAGGUCAAGGGCUGGGAGCCCCGUUUUUUGCAUCAGGACCUCGGUGAGCCGCCAACGGGUGCGCUUGGCACACAGCAGUCGUCACACUUGUGAUACGUGAGUGGAUGUGGGUGACGGGUGCCCGAGUGUGUGGGGAAGAAGGGAGUCAGGUGGGUUCUCUGGCUGUUUGCGUUGCUAACUGGGGAGGAAGGAAAAAUGGGAGCCCCCCUCCCCGAAGACCAUAGAUGCCACACCGAUGCCAUCUGGGACCAUGGUGAAGUCCAAAUUUGACCUUUGUAGGCCCCGGCCCGAUAAGGGUCACAGCCCUCUCUCAGAGCCUCACCUCCAGGGGGCUGCAGGGGCAGCCAGCCCCAUCCCUCCUUUCCUGCCUGGCACUUCUGGCCUCACUUUGAAGGCGAGCUCAUGCAUCCCAUGGGAAACCACAGAGUGGAUUUCUAGUGGGCUGAGCCGAGGGCCGAAAGUAGGGGUCUCCCUUGGUCUGGAAUUUGCUGGUAUGGGCAAUGGGCGAGGACGUCUGGGCCUGGAGCGCAUUUCCUGAGCCGCGGAGUCCAGCUGCACGAGAGGGCGUGCCUGUCCUGCUGUUAGAGCCAAUGCUCUCCUUGUAUCUGAGCCCUGAAGCCCUCCAUGACAGCACGUGCCCCCAUGCUCUCAGCUAAGACCCUCUGUCCCUCCCAGGAACCUGUAGUGUGAGGUUGGGGCUUUUCUGACAGCAAAGCCAUCCUGAUCACCCCACCCAUGAUGGGGACCAAGCCAGUUACAUUAGCCAUAAGUGACCAACAUCCUCAGCCACUCUUCUCGGGUUGCAUUUGUGGGUCCUGUUCAUUUUUCAACAGUUGAUGUCUCUAGUCCUUCCUGUAAUGGUGAAAAUAAGCAUUGAGCACACUCAUGCUCACACACACACACACACACACACACACACACAAACGGAAAC